GUCUUCUGCUUGACGGAUCUCUGUUCUAUUCACUUCAAGGAUGGAUCCGUUGGAGCAUACUAGCCUUUAUCAAAGAGCUGAGAGCGAAGACAGCGAUGCAGAAGGAGGGUUGGGCAACGUGAACAAGAUGAUAAUACGACCGCCAGGCCAUAGCGGGAAGGCGAAGAAAGGACACAUCUGCUUCGACGCCUCGUUCGAAACUGGCAACUUGGGCAGGGUGGAUCUUAUCUCGGAAUUCGAGUACGAUCUGUUCAUCAGGCCGGACACUUGCAACCCGCGACUUCGUAUGUGGUUCAAUUUCACCGUGGACAACGUGAAGGCUGACCAACGAGUGAUCUUCAACAUAGUUAACAUAUCGAAAAGCGCGAAUCUAUUUCGAAAUGGGAUGACGCCGUUGGUAAAGAGUAGCAGCAGAUCGAAAUGGCAAAGAAUUCCCAGGGACCAAGUUUUCUACUACAAAUCGGCGCAACAUCAAAACCAUUACAUCCUCAGUUUCGCCUUUUCUUUCGACCGUGAGGAGGACGUGUAUCAAUUCGCCUUGACGUAUCCCUACUCGUACAGCCGUUAUUUGGCACAUCUGGACAAUCUUUGCACCAGGUUAACGUAUACGAAGAGAGAAACUAUAGCCACGUCGAUACAAAAGAGGAAGAUCGAGUUGGUGACGAUAACUUCGAAUCUGGACGACGUUCAAGAUCGUUCGAGAAAGGUGGUGGUUGUCCUCGCAAGGGUAUAUCCAGGCGAAUCACCCUCUUCGUUCGUUUGCCAAGGUCUAAUGGACUUUCUGGUCAGUUCCCACCCCAUCGCCCAAGUGUUGAGGAAUUACAUCGUUUUCAAGAUAGUGCCAAUGUUAAAUCCUGAUGGUGUAUUUCUUGGUAAUUAUAGAUCCACCUUGAUAGGGGCAGAUUUAAAUCGCUCGUGGAACAAAAUUUCUGAAUGGCUUCAUCCCGCAUUGGUAGCAAUUAAACCGAUAUUGAAGAAUCUCGAUAAGAAUUCCCUCACGCCAUUAGAUUGCGUCUUGGAUUUGCACGCUCAUACCAACGCAACAGGGAUUUUCGUUUAUGGAAACACGUAUGACGAUGUGUACAGGUACGAAAGGCACAUCGUGUUACCGAAAUUAUUGGCGCAGCACGUUGAAGACUAUGAAAUAGGAAACACGAUGUACAAUCAGGAUCCUCAUAAGGCUGGAACUGCACGUCGUUAUCUGUGUUCUAUUCUGAAGGAACACGUGAAUUGCUAUAGCAUCGAGGUAUCGAUGUACGGAUACAAUAGAAAAGCGAUGCCUGGAAUAUUCCCAUAUACCGAGGAAGGAUAUUACAGAUUAGGACGCAAUCUGGCCCGCGUCUUCCUAGAAUAUUACAAAUUAAUGGGCAUCAUCCCGACCGGCCUUCCCGAUCAACCAUCCACCAAACGAACGAGACAGUCACGGCCGAGGCAUCGUAUUCUUAGAGAACCUAGGCCAAAGACUUGCAGGAAACCAGCGCCUAUACAUCUUGCCAGCAUUCACGAGUACUUUCAAGAGGAGACAGAGAUGGCCGCGAGCGGCGGUUGUCGAUCGAUGAGCGGCACGCGGAUGAGCCAGCUUGGGACCGGAACUGGAAGUGGAACGGGCGUCGGCGGGUGCAGGAACCGGAGCUACAGGUUCCGGAGCCCCGGGGCACCGCUCGACAGGGUGCAGGCCCUGUCCAGACAUCCCGCCGAGCCGAGGCUCACCAUUAUCGAUUUCAAUCAGCUGACAAGGGGCGGUUUGGAACUUGCUACCAGCAAGAACAGGGCAAAGGUCGCUCGAAAAGCCGUGAAAUCCAACAGAUAGCUAUCUUCUACGCGCUUAUUCUCGUUAAUCGAUAGAUAAACUGAUUCUUCGAAACAAUUUGAAAUUCGUGAGAAUUCCUUUCGUUAAAAUUCUUCAUAAUAAUAUUCUCGAAAUUUUUCGAAACGAUACCUAGAAAGAAAGAAUAAUGUAAUAAGAAGCGUAUGUGAUGCGAGCUUAUAAUCAUCGAUAUUAUCGUAUAAAUUUCGUAAAAAAACUUCUUUACGCAGUGUAUGUAGGUUAACAACUAUCUCCGUAUA